CACAGGUCAACUUCCAAUCCCUAUUGAUAUGAAUGUGGACUACACACACCAGGCAGUCCCACUCCCCCACCUUAUGAUGAUGGGUGGGGACACUAGUCACAGCGGUGAUGAGGAAGACACUCCUCCUCCUCCUCCUCCUCCUCCUCCCCCUCCUCGGGACGGGACCCAGCAGUUUGUCAGCCAUGUUUUAUGACUAAAUCAUGCAGUUGAUGUCUUUGAAGAAUAUUUGGCAGAGAUUUCUUGUUGGCUAAUUAAACGCAAAGCCAGGCUGUGCCUACAUACAUGAAAUUAUUCUGUGAAUCAUUAUAUCCCUGCCACUUUGAUAAUGUGGACGUGCUUGCAUUCACUUGAAAAAGGUUUCUAUGUUUCUC